GAAAAAAAUUGAUCAGGUAAGGUUGAGCAUACGGUAGCCGCGUGAACCUCAUCAAACUCGUCAACGUCUUCCUUCCAAUUCCCAUUGAAGCUUCAAACUUCAACUCUCUCAAUACGUCUACUUUAUCUGAUUUCUCUCCCUAGAUCCCCCAUACAAAUCUCUCUCUCUCUCUCUCUCUCUCUCUAGAGCUACCAAAUUCAGAUCCAAUCUAGGUUUCAAAACCCCUCACAAACCCCUAGGGUUUAACUAGUGCAAACCAAUUCAACACAGUUUUUGUUGUUUUUUGAUUUUGGGAGAUGGAUUUGAAGACGACGCCGGUGAGAUUCGCGCUGGGGAAGCAAUCGUCGAUGGCGCCAAUCCGCGGGGGCGAUGAGGAUGAGAACGGCGGCGAAGAGUUGGUGGAGGAGAGGGAGAUUGAUCCGAGGGUGGGAUUGAUGUAUUUGGCGAAUGAGGGUGAUUUGGAAGGGAUCAAAGAGCUAUUGGAUUCUGGCACUGAUGUCAAUUUCAGAGAUAUCGAUGAUCGGACAGCUCUGCACAUCGCUUCGUGCCAAGGGUUUAGUGAUGUUGUUGACUUCUUGCUCAAGAAUGGUGCCAAGGUUGACCCCAAAGAUCGCUGGGGAAGCACGCCUCUUGCAGAUGCAAUACAUUAUAAAAAUCAUGAUGUGAUCAAACUUUUGGAGAAACAUGGUGCAAAGCCUCUGAUGGCGCCCAUGCACGUCAAAAAUGCCCGGCAAGUCCCAGAGUAUGAAAUUAAUCCAAGGGAGCUCGAUUUUACAAAUAGUGUUGAUAUUACUAAGGGAACCUUCUGUGUAGCAUCAUGGCAAGGAAUAAAAGUUGCUGUGAAAAAACUUGGGGAGGAAGUGACUGCUGAUGAGGAUAAAGUGAGGGCUUUCAGAGAUGAGCUUGAAUUGCUUCAGAAGAUAAGACAUCCAAAUGUAGUCCAAUUUCUGGGUGCUGUAACACAAAGUACUCCAAUGAUGAUUGUGACAGAAUAUUUACCCAAGGGUGAUCUUUGUGAUUUCUUAAAGAGAAAAGGAGCCCUAAAACCUACAACAGCAGUGAUAUUUGCUCUUGAUAUUGCAAGGGGGAUGAAUUACUUGCAUGAGAAUAGACCUGGAGCAAUAAUUCACCGUGAUCUUGAACCUUCAAAUAUAUUGCGAGAUGAUUCUGGGCAUCUGAAAGUUGCGGACUUUGGAGUUAGCAAGCUGUUAAAAGUAACCAGCAGAGUCAAAGAAGAUAGGCCUUUGACCUAUCAUGACACUUCUUGCCGAUAUGUGGCUCCAGAGGUUUUCAGAAAUGAUGAGUAUGACACCAAAGUGGAUGUAUUUUCAUUUGCUCUGAUUUUACAGGAGAUGAUUGAAGGCUGCCCCCCAUUUUCUGCAAAGCAAGAAAAUGAAGUUCCUAAAGCAUAUUGUACAAAAAAGCGCCCUCCGUUUAGAGCUCCAAUUAAGCGUUAUUCCCAUGGACUUAAAGAGUUGAUUGAGGAGUGCUGGAGUGAGGAACCAGCCAAGAGACCAACAUUCAGGCAAAUAAUUGCUAGGUUGGAGAAAAUCUAUAGCAGUAUUGGUCACAAGAGGCAUUGGAAGGUCAGAACCUUGAAAUGCUUUCAGAAUCUGGAGGCCAUGUGGAAGAAAGAUUCUCGUAGACUGAGUAAAAGAAGCCAUUCAUCUCGUUCUACUAGCAUCACAUAAAGAGAUGGGAUUUAUGUUUCCUUUUACCUCGCAAGUGUGCAGUAAGUUUUAAUCUUUUAGCUUCAGGAAAAAAAAAAAAAUUGUUUUUGUAAUUUUAAGUUAGAUUUUUUUUUUCCCCUCCCAGAUUUGUCAACUCUUUGCAAAUAAAAAUUGGUAUAGCAUUCUAUUGCUUGAAAUAUAGAUUGGUUAUAGACUCUCAAUGUAAUCAUACUGUUCAGUUCUAUACAAUGUUUGUUCAGUUCAUGAUUACAUGUGAGAUUCACUGCCAUUUGUGUUUAGUAAAAAAAAAUGUCUUCUGAGAAA